AAUAGCAGAAAAAAGCAGAGGGAAGGUGAAGUGUGCGUUUCAGUUUCACAACCUUUAUUUUUUUUUUAUUUGUCUCCUUUUUUUGUCACUCAUUUUCUUGCGGAAAAUCGAAUCUCAAGUCCUCAACUCUUCCCUUUUUCCUCCAUUUUGUUUGCUGAGCAAAAACCUCUCAAGGCUUUCUGAUCCUCUCUCCAUGCCUCCAUUCCUCGGUAUAAUCAACUCAAUAAAGUUUUCAGGUUCCGUAUCCUGUGGAUCUCAUCGUGCUUUCCUGAACUUCUGAGCUCCAUACCUUGAAUUGGUCUUCUUGGCGGAUACUGUUGUCUACUUCCACCGUUGUUUCUUUGACUUCUUGAAUUCUUUGGAAAAUUGAAAAAAUUAAGUUUCCGACAUGGGUUCUCGUUUUCCCUCCCAUAAGUUGAGCAGCGGCCUUUAUGUGUCGGGCAGGCCUGAACAGCCAAAAGAGAAGACUCCAACAAUGAGCUCUGUGGCCAUGCCUUACACUGGCGGUGAUAUAAAAAAAUCCGGCGAACUUGGUAAAAUGUUCGAUAUUCCUACAGAUGGAUCAAGAUCUCGAAAAUCCGGGCCCAUAACCGGUGCUCCUUCAAGGACGGGCUCUUUUGGCGGUGCCCAUUCUAACUCAGGCCAAUUGAACUCCGUUGGCCGUGGCCCGGCCGUUGGGUCAGCCUCAAUGAAGAAGACGAAUUCGGGCCCACUCAAUAAACACGGCGAGCCGUUGAAGAAAUCUUCGGGCCCACAGACCGCCGUUUCCCGCCAGAAUUCGGGCCCUCUCCCACCAGUUCUGCCGACUACUGGGCUUAUUACAUCUGGGCCUAUCACAUCGGGCCCGCUUAACUCGUCAGGCGCUCCUCGGAAGGUAUCGGGCCCAAUGGAGUCAAUGGGCUCUAUGAAGAUGCACAAUGCUCCUAUUGUUAAAAAUCAGGCUGUAACUUAUCUUGGCCAGGAUGUUGAGUAUUCUUUCCGUAAGAGCUUCCCUAGGCCGAUCCUUUGGGCUAUCAUUCUUCUGUUUGUCAUGGGAUUUAUUGCUGGUGGUUUUAUACUUGGAGCUGUCCGGAAUCCUAUUCUGCUUGUGGCCGUUGGUGUACUUUUUGCUUUGGUGGCCACUGUGUUUACCUGGAACACUUGUUGGGGAAGAAGGGCUAUUACUGGUUAUAUAGCUAGUUAUCCGGAUGCUGAGCUGAGAACUGCUAAGGAUGGACAAUUUGUCAAAGUUUCCGGGGUUGUCACCUGUGGAAAUGUUCCCCUUGAGUCAUCAUUCCAAAAAGUUCCCCGAUGUGUUUAUACAUCGACAAGCUUGUAUGAGUACAGGGGAUGGGAAUCCAAAGCAGCAAACCCGACUCAUCGCCGCUUUACCUGGGGUCUUCGUACAUUGGAGAGGCACAUUGUUGAUUUCUAUAUUUCGGACUUCCAAUCUGGGUUAAGGGCAUUGGUGAAAACUGGGUAUGGUGCAAGAGUGACACCGUACGUGGAUGAAUCUGUGGUGGUCGACAUUAACCCGUCCAACAAGGAUAUGUCUCCUGAUUUUGUGAGGUGGUUGGGAGAGAGGAACCUCUCGAGUGAUGACCGCGUAAUGCGACUCAAAGAAGGGUACAUCAAAGAAGGCAGCACUGUAAGUGUAAUGGGAGUCGUGCAAAGGAAUGAGAAUGUGUUAAUGAUUGUACCCCCACCUGAGCCAUUCUCGACCGGUUGUCAGUGGAGUAAAUGCAUACUUCCCGCAAGUCUCGAAGGCAUUGUUUUGAGUUGUGAGGACACUUCAAAGAUUGAUGUCAUACCAGUUUAGCAUAUCUUGAUCGAUUGUGCUCAAG